AUGCAGGCAGAAGAAGAGCUGAAAACAUGUCCGAAGGACUCCGCACGUACUUACGCAGCAAGUACAUGUGGUUAUGCAUUUGAGUCUGUCUCCGUAUAUACCCCCCUCCGCUAUGGCAAGCUAGCUGGAAGAGAGCUGCUUCUUUGGGUUUGGUGGCACCACAGGCUUGAUGAGAUACCCGGACCUAGGUACGGUGCCAUAAAUAGGUUACUGAUCAUCAUGUACGGAGUAUAUAUCACAAGCAACGCGAUCACAAUGCCCAUCGUGUGUUGGCGUGCGAGAUGGAAAGACGUUCGAUCGUAUAAAAAAAGUGUCAAAAAACAAAAACUCAAAAAAAAAAAAAAGCCAAAGGGGGAUUACCAAAAGCGGUUAGAGCGUUUGAGGUUGGUUGGUCUGCGCCGCUUUUAG